UGUGUGUGUGUGUGGGAGGACCAGGAUUUGUGCCAAAUAUCGGUAGUAGAAGAAGACAUGAAGGUGAUCAGAGGAAGCGAGUCAAUAUUUGCGGCAGUUCACCACAUCAAGCCGCCUCAUUUGUUGUGUUUGUUCUACUAAAAGCGCAUACACACGCACUGGCAGCGGGCUUGGCCGGGCGCUAUAAAAGUCCGGUAGGUGGCAUGUUCGUCCUCACAGCUCGCAGCUCCUCUUCACUCUUCAUCGUCAUAUUCAUACUCAUUGGACCCUGUAGCUCCCCCGUGAUGGCGUCGUCGUGGCUUCAGGUGUUGACCGUGCUGGUCCUGGCGACGGGGUCCCAGCCCGCUGCCGCCGACCCGCAGCACCUGUGCGGCUCUGAUCUGCUGGACGCCCUCAUUCUGGUGUGCGGAGACCGCGGCUUCAUCUUCAACCCCAAGAGGGAGGCGCACCACCUGCUGGGUUUCCUCCCACCAAAGGUUGGCGUGGCGACGGGCGGCGACAGGGCGGCGGCGCCGGAGCUGGGCUUCCAGGACCACAUGGAGGUGCUGAUGAAGCGAGGCAUCAUGGAGCAGUGCUGCCACAAGCCGUGCAACAUCUUUGACCUGGAGAACUACUGCGACCGACCACUAGCCUAGCCCAGCCUCGCCAAGCUUGGCGGAUUGGCAACCAGAGCAGUGGUGCCACAAUAAAUGAGAUUAUUCUUCAUACAAAAUAGA